AUGAAGAAUAAAGUGAAUUCGGCCAAGGCAUUAAAAGCUAAUCAAAUUUCGUAUUUUUGGAACCGCAGCGAGGCAUGCAUCAAAGUCAAAUCGGACAGCGAGUUUGGCUUUGACGAAGAGUGGAAGAGACAUAAAGCCAAUUGUUCUCAGAAAGAACGCCUCUCGAUAUCGGAAUUAUAUCAAAACGCCCCGUUUAAGUUCGUACCAGCAUUGCACAGUUCAAAUUCAGAAGUUAUGCCACUGCCGGGAGAGUUUUUCCAAAGCAAAAGUUCAGUGCAAAAGUCCGACUCUGUUUUUGGAUUUGAUCGAAGCUGGAGAGAAAGACAUAAUAUCGCCGAUUUGAGAAACUCGAGCAUUUUCAGUAGAGCUUUUCAUGGCAUCGUUCUACCUCCUCGAUUCGAUGACGAGUACAAUUCGGUGGACCGCUCAAUAAUCCGCUACCCAAUUUUCUUCCCUUUUCUCGUCACACUCUCUCUCGCUACAAACUUCUUCAAACACUACGACUACCUUGUCAUGGAAAAGCACACGAAGCUGUAUGAAAUCUGGAGAUUCUGGACCUACAGUCUCGUCUGCGAAAGUUGGACUGGUUUUUACAUUUCUACUGCCUAUCAAUUAUUUGUCUGCUGUCCCUACGAAAUUGUUUUCGGAUCUAAAAGCAGCAUUAUUACCUACAAUCUUGGCAUUCUCCUAGCCAGUAUAUUCUUCAUGCUACAGUCGAGCGAUAAAAUUCUAAUUGGAACGCUUGGCGGCAACCUUUCCAUCGCCAUUCCGCUGAUUUAUCUCGCUCUACGAGGGUUAAUUAAAGCCGACAUUAUGCAGAAUAUAAUCCGCAUUCUCUCACAUAUCCUCUGGAUGGGUAAGAUUCCUCUUCAAAGCUCUACUUUCUUUCAUUUCUAG